AUGAUAAUGACAGAGUCUGGGGAAGUUAUAGACUUAGACCCUCCCGCUGAGAUUUCACAGGAGCAAGAAGACCUUCUAAUAGUGAAGGUGGAAGAAGAAGACUGUACCUGGAUGCAAGAGUACAACCCUCCAGUGUUUGAGACUUUUUACCAGCGCUUCAGGCACUUCCAGUACCAUGAGGCAUCAGGCCCCCGGGAGGCCCUGAGCCAGCUCCGGGUGCUGUGCUGCGAGUGGCUGAGGCCCGAGCUGCACACCAAGGAGCAGAUCCUGGAGCUUCUGGUGCUGGAGCAGUUCCUGACCAUCCUACCGGAAGAGUUCCAGACCUGGGUGAGAGAACAUCACCCGGAAAGUGGAGAAGAGGCCGUGGCUGUGGUAGAAAAUAUACAGAGAGAGCUAGAGGAACGCAGACAACAGAUCGUGGUGUGUCCUGAAGUGCUUCCUCAGAAGAUGGUACCACCUGGAGUUGUUCAGGAGUCCCCCAGCCACCAGCUCCUGUCUGUGGACCCCCCAUCUGAACAGGAGCCACAGAAGCCUCAUCUUCUGGAGGAAAAUGCCCUACCUGCUCUCCAAGUUCCUCCCCUUCCCCUGAAGGACAGCCAGGAGCUGACAGCCUCACUUCUCUCAGCUGGGUCCCAGAAGUUGGUGAAAAUUGAAGAUGUGGCUGAUGUGGCUGUAUCCUUCAUCCUGGAGGAAUGGGGACAUUUGGACCAGUCUCAGAAGUCACUCUAUAGGGAUGACAGGAAGGAGAAUUAUGGGAGUAUUCCUUCCAUGGAUUAUGAGUCUAGGAAUGACAACGUGGAACUCAUGGUAAAGCAGAUUUCUGAUGAUGCUGAAGCCCACUGGGUGACGUCAGCAAGCACCGAAAGAAAUGUUCCCCAGAGUCAAGGGUUUGGAGAAGUUAGUGAUCUUCACGGCAUGGUAGAAAGGUGGCAGGUAAACCCCGCUGUGGGGAAAUCAAGGCAGAACUCUUCCCAGAAAAGAGAUCUUGGUGCCAUCACAGAUGCUAACCGUAAGCAAAAUACAAGCACAAGUGGUGAGAGAGGUCACAAAUGUAACGAUUGUGGUAAAUUUUUCCUUCAAGCCUCAAACUUCAUUCAACAUCGGCGAAUCCACACUGGAGAAAAACCGUUUAAGUGUGGUGAAUGUGGGAAAAGCUACAAUCAGCGUGUGCACCUGACACAGCAUCAGCGUGUCCACACUGGCGAGAAACCGUACAAGUGUCAGGUGUGCGGAAAAGCCUUCCGCGUGAGCUCGCACCUUGUCCAGCAUCACAGUGUGCACAGUGGGGAGAGACCCUACGGAUGUACCGAGUGUGGGAAAAACUUUGGCCGGCACUCCCAUCUGAUUGAGCACCUGAAGCGCCACUUCAGAGAGAAAUCCCAAAGAUGCAGUGACAAAAGAAGUAAGAAUACAAAAUUGAAUGUUAAGAAGAAAAUUUCAGAAUUUUCAGAAGCAGACAUGGAACUAUCAGGAAGAAUCCAAAGGAAUGCUUCUCAAGUGCAAGAUUUUGGAGAAGGCCAUGAACAUGCAGGCAAGUUGGAUAGAAAGCAGGGAGUUCCCAUGAAAGAGAUACUAGGACAGCCUUCUUCAAAGAGGAUAAAUUUCAGCGAAGUCACAUACAUGCACAAAAAAUCAUCCACAGGAGAGAGACCACAUAAAUGUAAUGAAUGUGGAAAAAGCUUCAUUCAGAGUGCACAUCUGAUUCAACAUCAGCGAAUACACACGGGGGAGAAGCCAUUUAGGUGCGACGAAUGUGGGAAAAGCUACAAUCAGCGUGUGCAUCUGACUCAGCAUCAGCGGGUCCACACUGGUGAGAAACCCUACACCUGUCAUUUAUGUGGGAAAGCAUUUAGAGUGAGGUCUCAUCUUGUUCAGCAUCAGAGUGUGCACAGCGGGGAGAGACCCUUUAAAUGUAAUGAGUGCGGCAAGGGCUUUGGGAGGCGGUCACACCUUGCUGGGCAUCUGAGACUCCACUCUAGAGAGAAAUCCCAUCAGUGCCAUGAAUGUGGAGAAAUCUUUUUUCAGUAUGUUAGCCUCAUUGAACAUCAGGUGCUCCACAUGGGUAAGAGAAAUGAAAAAAAUGGCAUUUGUGAGGAAGCAUAUAGUUGGAACUUGACAGUGAUUGAAGAUAAGAAGAUUGAGUUACAAGAGCAGCCUUAUAAGUGUGAUAUCUGUGGCAAAGCCUAUAGUUAUAGUUCAGACCUUAUUCAGCAUUACCGAACUCACACUGCAGAGAAAACCUAUAAAUGUGAUAUAUGUAGAGACAAUGUUGGCCAGUGUUCCCACAUAAAACAUCAAAAACCCUACUCCAAUGUGAAAUCCCAUCAAUGUCAUGAAUGUGGCAGAGCCUUCACUCUGAAGUCCCAUCUUAAUCAGCAUCAGAGAAUCCAUACUGGUGAGAAACCCUUUCAGUGUAAAGAGUGCGGAAUGAGUUUCGGUUGGAGUUGCAGCCUCUUUAAACAUCUGAGAAGUCAUGAGAGGACAAAUCCCAUAAAUACCUUAAGUGUCUAG